AUGGGUGGCAUACUUAAGAACCCACUGGCCCUAUCACCGGAGCAGCUAGCGCAGCAGGAUCCAGAAACGCUUGAGGAAUUUAGGAGACAGGUUUAUGAAAAUACGCAGAAAAAUGCGAAAUUGACAUCGCAUAAAAGAAACAUACCGGGACUAGGUCAUGCAGAAGAAGAAGAGGCGGAAAUAAUCGGGACGUCGAAGACCUUCCUUCCAAAGGACACACUGUCGCUGAAACACGAGCAGGACAUGUUGGCCAAGAUGACACCGGAGGAGCGAGUUCAAUGGAAUCAAAGGAAUUUAGCAGAAAAUGAAGUAACGAAAAAGCAGUUCCAAGAUAUCCAUAUAGACGAGCCUAAGACCCCCUACCAGGGCGCUGUAGACCCUCACGGCGAAUACUACAGAGUAGAUGAUGACGAAGAUGAGGAUAGUAGUGAUAAAAAACCUAGUCAGGUGGCAAACGACGAUAUCGACGAUUUGUCCCUGGGGGAACCGGAAUUUGAAAUUAAAGAGAACAAACAGCCGGAUAUUGAGACGAAUGACGAGAAUGAUGAAGACUCACCCGAGGCUAGGCAUAAAAGAUUUGAAGAAAUGAGGAAAAAGCACUACGACGUAAGGGCUAUUUUCAAUAAAAAGUCUCGUGAAGCGGCGGAGGAUGAUGACGAGAAUGAUAAUACGACAAAAGAACAAUAA